AUGCACGGCGGGAGCCUGCCGAGGAACGGAGUAAAGCCAAGGCCACACAGCGGUGGUAACCUUAGUGACAGCAUAGGUGCUAAAAUAUCAGGAGGCUACUGGACUCUAGGUGAUGAGACAAGCUACUAUAAAAGCUCUCAGCCGGUUCUUCCUUUAGCCUUAUUAUACCUUCUCUACCGAUACUUUCCCCUGAUGCUGCGUGACAUUCCUUAUCGGGAUAUCGCAAUUUUACUGCAAGACAGUCCGAUGACUUGGGCUAGUCAACCUGCGUUGACAGUCCAAUCAACAACGAUGCACAAAGGCAGGACGGAGUCCCACACAUUAGCAAAAUCGCCAAAGGACUUAGAUGGGGGAGCCGCAAGUAGUUCAAAAAUUCCCAAACAGCUUCUGCCUAAAGAAAUUUAUAGAAAAAUAGGAGCAGCGAAUAGGUUUCAAAAAAGUCUAAACCAAUUGAAACACGAGGGUAUCACUCAGAAUAACAAGGUAGACGAUGAGAAUAAAGUACCUGCUCAUAGGCUGUUUGCAACAGAGUCUUGCUCUAUAUAUAUAUUGCGGUGAAAUGCUACAACAAGCUUCCUGCAAAUUUUGGAUACCUCCACGAUAAUGCAUAUAAACAUACAUUACAAAGAUUCCUACUUAAUAAAGCUUACUAUAGUGUUGAUUAAUACCUCGCUAACAAUUAAAUUUAUGUAAGCUAAUUUGUGUCCUACUUAUUUGUAAGUUAUGAUGCUUUGUUUUGUUGCGAUUCAUUUUUCAUACUCUUAUCUGCCUAGUUAAAUUGUGUAUGUAAUCAUAUACGUUGUGUCUUGAAGUAUAUAUUUUUCUUGACAUAUUCUGUUUCAUCUUUUGAUGAUCCUGGAU